CCUUCCUCCAGCACCAUCGGGUCCUCACACGAUGGGGACGUGUUAGAAACAACCAGGGUGGAGUUCAUCAAGGGGGACACGACCGGAACAACAGGCGCGUCGGCGAGUUCAGUUGUCCGAAGCGAGGAGCCCCGCAAGGCCAUGAAUUUCAUCAAUGACCUCGACCUUGAAACCGACAACAUCCGACGGAAGGUUCAGUCGGAGCUCAAUGAACAAGACCACGUGCUUUUCGCUGAGCCGUCGGUGACGUCAAACAUUGCUGACCAGUUCAUUUACCUUUUUUCCCUGGAAGACAGGUUCGUUGGACAGGUUCGUUGACAGUUUCGUUUAACAGGUUCGUUUAACAGGUUCGUUUGACAGGUUCGUUGGACAGGUUCGUUGGACAGGCUCGUUGGACAGGUUGGUUGGACAGGUUCGUUGGACAGGGUCGUUGGACAGGGUCGUUGACAGGUUCGUUUGACAGGUUCGUUUGACAGGUUCGUUUGACAGGUUCGUUUGACAGGGUCGUUGGACAGGGUCGUUUGACAGGUUCGUUUGACAGGUUGGUUUGACAGGUUCGUUUGACAGAUUCGUUUUGCAGGCUUGUUGAUAGAUUCGCACAUCAGGUUCGUUUACAGGUUCGUUUUUCAGGCUUGUUAACAGGUUCGUUUUCAGGCUUGUCAACAAUGGUUAUUUUUCAGGCUUAUUGACAGGUUCGUUUAUCAGGCUCCUUGACAAGUGCGUUUAUCAGGCUCGUAGACAGGUUCGUUUUUCAGACUUGUUGACAGGCUCGUUAAUUUUUUUUAAAUUAACCAAUAAAGAGCCACGGGUAUGGUGUACGACUGUCUGUAGGACUGUCUAUAUGACUAUUGUUUAAAGGCCGGCAGGUAAGGAGUAACACUGUCAAUAGAUCUGUCUGUAAGACUAUUAAACAAACAAAAAAAGAAAAUGAGAAGUUAAUUCUUUUUUUUUUAUAUAACACUUGGACCGGAUAUUUUCUAAAAUAUACCCUGACCUGGUGUAAAAAAAGCUGGACCCGGUUAAGCCCUAGUUUAUUAUAAAAUGCAUGAGUUAAGGUUCAAAGUUCAAAGGCAAAGUUAUUUUAACAUACGGGGUCAUGUUUAGUUAUGACGUCUUUUAAACACGUUUAUGUUUCACGCUGGUGGUUGAAAAAAAAACAACGUAAUUACACCCCCCCCCAACCCCUUUUUUAAAAAAAAAACCAACAACUUCCAAUUUACCUUCCAAAAAUAGGCCAACAAGAAUCAAACUUGGACAUCAAGUGGAAG